CAAGGCAAUAUUUAAUACUGACUCGCAACAUAUUGGAUGCAUUCUUGUUAAAAGAAAUUAGUGUUGAAAGACGAGUAUACCUAAUUUGGUAUUCAACUUUUUUCAUGCGUAUUUGGAAAGCCUGGCUAAAAAAAAAUGGUGAAAAUAUCCAAAAGAAUUUUAUCACCACAAAUGCCUAUACAUGCAUAGAAAUAAACGCUCAUGGAAUUAUUUUAGUCAUUGAAAAACUUCGGCAAAAUGGAAUUUCAGAAGCUUUUCUUCCAUGGCUGUAUAGCAGUCAGCCAUGUGAAAAAGUAUUUAGAGAAACUCGGUCCAUGAGUAGCACAUUUUCAACUAUGAUAAAUUAUACACUGCUGGAUGUUUUAAGAAGAUUAAAACGUAUACAAGCUAUGCAUGAGAUAAGCACAGACUUAGGUCCCAAUUUUAGAUUCCCCAGGCAAGAAAACAAACGACUUGGAAAUAAUUCAAGUGUCUUUAAAGUAACUGAGUUUCCAUCAACUGAUGAAAUGAUUAACAUAAUUAAAAAGGCCCAAGAAGACGCACUAUCUGACGCUAAAAAAAUUGGGAUGGAAAUGAACAGGGAUUGUUGUAUAGAAAUUAAUUUACCGACUUGUGACAAUCCGGAAGAGCAAGAAGAGGUGCAGGGAAGUAUAAUUAUCACUGAUACCAUUUCAAAGGAACAUGAGCCAGACCUCGAGCCAGACUUUUCUAAUGAAGACCGGGAGUUUCUUGAAUAUACCUCUACAUUUAAUAAUUAUGACUCUUUACAUUUGAGAGACUAUACGGGUCAAAAGAAAGCACAAAAAUCGUGUCUGUCAGUGACACUUAAAGACAAAAAAACACGAAUUAUAAAAAAAUCUACUCUAAUUUGGUUUUUUCAGGAAAAACAGGGUCGUUUAUCAACCGACAGACUGCUCCGGGUAAAGGGAAUGACAGUUAAAAAUACGCAUAAGGGGUUAUCAAAAAAAAAACAGUUCAGGAAAAAGCCAGGCCAAGGACUUCAACCAGCAGGCAAUAUCAAAAAAAGAAAAAUGUUUCGUCAACCUCAUGAACGAGCUCAUAAAGAUAGUACAUCUGAAUCUCGAUCUGAAUCAGAUGAGAUUAGCUUAGAAAGUGAAACUUUGAGUGAAGAUUUCUCUGACUUAGAAGAUUGCCAUAACGAAAGUACAAAAAUGCCAGUAAUUCAGCUAGAAUCUUAUUAUGCUGUGUUUUAUGAUACACAAUGGUAUCUAGGGCGUGUCAUCAACAGCUACAGCUCAGAAAAGUUUAAAGUGAAAUUUUUACAACAAGACCUGGAUACUUUUAAGUGGCCCAAAAAAGAUGAUAUCCAAGAUGUUCACAAAGAGUUUAUAUUUUAUGGACCAGUUAGUCUAAGCGGAACUGAACCAUUUUCUUUAAAAAGAAAUGAUUUGAUUGCUAUUAAACAGAAAUACAAAACAAUCAAAUCCAUCAAAUCAUUAAAAAAUUAAACAUAUUUUUUUAUGUUAUUUAUUAUGUUAAUAAAGCUACUUUGCUUAAU